AUUUUCAAUACUAUAAUAUUUAUAAUGUUAAUUAUGACAAUUAUGAUAUUUUUCGCUAUACUUCCUGGUCCUAUGUCGAAUUCUAUGUCAACAGUUUAUCAAUACUUAGACAGAUUCAUUAGUUUACUUCGUGACAUAAAUGAAAAGAUGUUGUAUUUCAAUAUAUUUAUGGCGGAAGCCGUUGCCUUAAAAUAUCCAGGUGACAUUAUCCUUGGAGGACUUUUCCCAAUUCAUCUCAAAGGCAACGAUGAGGCUCCCUGUGGAAACAUAAAUGUAGAAAGGGGGAUACAAAGGUUUAUGGCCAUGCUCUAUGCAGUAGAAUUGAUUAAUAAUGACACAAACCUAUUGCCUGGCAUUAAAUUGGGCGUCAACAUACUCGAUACCUGCGCCAGAGAGAAUUAUGCCUUGAAUCAAUCUCUCGAAUUUGUACGGGUCAAAAUGAGCUUAUUAGAGACUCAGGCAGCUGAGGUAGGCAGACAACAUCUAGAUAAAAGUAAAAACGUGUCAUCAACAAAUACUAGCAAUAUCCAGAUUGAUAAACAGUCGUUACACAAUUUACCAGGUUCUGGAAAGGAUAUUAUUUCAAGUAAAAUCAUAAUUAGUAACAUGAGUGAGCGCCAUAAUGAUUCCCGAUUUACUUCUGAGGAUGAAUUUGGAGAGGAAGGCGACGAAGCUAACUCCCUAGUAGGUGGAAAUUUGAUAUGCACUGAUGGAUCGGCACCCAGAUAUAAAAAAUUACCAACGCCAGUGCUGGGUGUCAUUGGGGGCUCGUAUAGUGGGGUUAGCAUUCAAGUGGCGAAUUUGUUGAGGCUCUUUAAAAUUCCCCAAAUAAGUUAUGCCUCGACGAGCAGUGUACUGAGUGAUAAAUCUCGUUAUGAUUAUUUUGCUAGAACAGUACCUCCCGAUCAAUAUCAGGCUCGGGCUAUGGUUGAUAUAUCCGUCAUGUUAGGCUGGACGUAUGUUUCGACUGUCGCUAGUCAGGGAGAUUAUGGGGAAUCAGGUAUAGAUUCAUUUAAUGCUGAAGCAAAAAAGAAAAACAUAUGUGUAGCCGUACCGGUCAAAAUACCCAUGAAUGCAAAACCAAUCGAUUUUGAUAUCAUUCUCAAAAGCUUAAACGAGAAGCCCAACGCUAAAGUUAUAAUUCUAUUCUUAAAAAUUGAAGAUGCGGCAGAUUUUUUAAAGGCCAUGAAAAGAUCUCAGCUUAAAAACGAUUUUGUUUUGAUAUCCGGAGAUGGAUGGGGACGUGAAGAAUUGGUUGUUAGAGGCAGGGAGGAGGUUGCUCAUGGGGCUAUAACUAUAGAACUACAAUCAAACCGAAUUCCAGGGUUUGAUACUUAUUUUAAAAGACUACACCCAUCUAACUUCAAAGCUGUUGAUAAAAUAUGGAGAAGUGGGGCACCUUGGCUAAUUGAAUUUUGGGAGCAACAGUUUAAUUGUGAUUUAGAUCUUAAAAAUUCCUAUUAUAGUAUUAAUCAAACAAAGAUAAAAAGAGAGAUCCUUUACAAUGAUAAGCUAAAUGUGAAGCAUUCAUUUGCGUUAUUAUCUAGAUAUAAUUUUUUGAAUAAAACUUCAAAUAAGAGCAAUUUCGAGAGUAAACCUAUUCAAAAUUCUUUGCUGAGCUUUUACAAAUCGCAACUAUAUCUUCUAAAUAUCAAAGAUUUAAAAAAAGAGGGCUCUAAUAUGAGACAAUCAUACAUAUCAGGCAAUAUCGAUUCCUCAAAAAUGCAUUUACCAUUAAUAAAUAUAUUAUCCGAAUGUCAUAAAUUUCCUAAGCGAUUUCUAUGUAUACAAAAAUUUAAAGGUGUAUUGCAAAAAAUAAAAAGAGCUCUAACUAAUAUUCCAAGUGUAGGAUUAUUUCAAAACACAGAAUCGACUGUUAAAAAUAUUCGAAUGAGAAAAAUUUGUGAUUGGAAUCAAGUCAUCGAUGACUCCAAUUAUAUGCAAGAAGGAAAAACUCAAUUUAUUAUUGAUGCUGUUUAUGCCAUGGCUCACGCACUGCACAAAUUUCAACAAGAUAGAUGUCGUAGAAAGAGGGGAGCUUGCAAGGAAUUGAAAAAAAUGGAUGGAGCCGAGCUUUUCAAGGGAUAUAUUCUUAAUAUGUCUUUCAUAAAUCCCUUUGGACAGACAAUAAGAUUAGACAACCACGGAGACGGUAUUCCCAAAUACAAUAUACUAAAUUACCGAUUUAAUCCUGUCACCAAAUUAUACGAGUACAAAUUGGUAGGAAUUUGGGAUGAAGGAUUAAAUUUAAACGUAAGCGAAAUUAAAUGGAAAAAUUCCCUGAUCAGUGAUGGCGCAGGCAAAGAUUACAGCGAUAAGAAAAUUAUCAAUCGUCAUGCAAUGUUAACUUCUUUCUAUUUGAAUGUAUCAUCACCUACUCAUACUCCAAUUUUACAAGAUGUUUUUGAUAUCAAAAGGAAAAUAAAAUUGAACAAAACUUCAUAUGUUAAAAAGGAUGAUUUAACAUUAUCUGUGACAUUCAUUGACAAAAUCAGAGUCGAUCCAAUUUACUCUGAGGACAUAGUAAUUGAUGCGAGUUACUCAGAUGAAUCGAUUGCCAAAAAGACUAAAGAUAUUAAAAUGGUAGAUUCAAAAAAUAUGUCUAAGGCUUUAAAAAUAAAACAAUCGCAGAAAACUGACCAUAAAAAUCUUUGCAAAAACAUAAAUAAAGAUGUCCAUGAUGAUAUUUGUAAUAAACAUGCUUCAAAAUUAAAUCAAAAAUUAAAAUCAACCGAUUUAAAAAAGGUGGACUACGAAAUUAUAAAAAUUAAAAUCCCUAUUUCCAGAUGUAGUGAGCCUUGUCAGCGAGGAGAAAUAAAAAAUAUGCAAAAGGGAGAAGUUUGUUGUUGGAUAUGUACAAAAUGUCAGCCCUGGGAAUAUGUGGUUAACGAGACAACCUGUUGGGACUGUGGCAUUGGUUGGUGGCCUAGAUCUCCUAAGCUUGAUUCGUGCUAUCAAUUACCAUUAAGAUACAUUAUAUGGAGUAGCAUAUACGCCAUAAUACCUAUAUGCAUAUCUUUAAUCGGUGUUUUAUUAACCACUUAUGUUGGUUUAAUAUUUUUAAUCAAUAUAGAUACCCCAUUAGUUAAGGCUUCAGGCAGAGAAUUAAGUUUCAUGCUAUUGGGUGGGAUCACGAUUUGUUAUUUGUGCACCUUUCCACUCCUAGCUAAACCAACUCUUUUGGUAUGUGGUUUGCAAAGGUUUAUGAUAGGUUUUGGGUUCGCCGUCAUGUAUUCAAGUUUGCUCACCAAAACAAAUCGUAUAUCUAGGAUUUUCAACAGUGCCAGUAGAUCUGCAAAGAGACCAACUUUUAUUAGUCCUACUUCACAAAUGGUUAUAGCUUUAAUCUUGAUAACCGUUCAAAUAGUCAUGAACGCUAUAUGGUUCUUGUUAGAGGUACCUGGGACAAGAAAUUUUUCCCCCGAAAACAAAAGGGAUAUUGUGAUACUGAAAUGCCGCAUCAAGGACACCUCAUUUCUUUUCUCCUUGGCUUACAACAUAAUAUUGAUAAUAAUUUGCACUGUGUACGCUGUCAAAACGAGAAAGAUACCUGAAAAUUUCAACGAAUCUAAAUUUAUUGGAUUUUCGAUGUAUACAACAUGCAUAAUUUGGCUUGCAUUUAUUCCUAUAUACUUCAGCACACUCAAUGAAUUUCAGAUUCAAACUACGACAUUAUGUAUUACUAUAAGUUUAAGUGCUUCCGUAACCUUAUUUUGCUUAUUUGGUCCUAAAAUAUAUAUAAUUGUCUUUCACCCCGAGAAGAAUGUUAGAAAAUUGACGAUGGGAUCCGCGGGUUAUGCUAAAACUGCCACCAAUAGUAGCUCAACAUACAAUCAAGAAUUAUUCAGUUCAGCUUGCACUGCUUCCAUUUUAGGCACUACCACCAUAUCUCUAUAUUCUAGAAAUCAAAUGAGCAAAAAUUCUCUCACGAACCAUAAUAUUCCUCUAAGAAUUGGAUUCAACAACAAUCACGAUGAACUUAAGAGUCAAAAAAGUAGUUUGAAUUCGGAAGAAGAAAUCUUAUUGGACAAAAAAAAAGAUUUAAUUUUUAAAAAUACUAUACCAAUUAUGAAAAACGACCCAUCUACCUCUCCAAUAAAGCUUAAAGUAAAUCAUGUAUUAAAUAAUGCCGAAAACAAAUCUAAAACAACUAACGUUAAAAGGGCACGUAUAAUUGAAGAAAGCCUUACUUCAUUUUAAAUCAUUUUAUUUAUUUAAAAUUGUUAUCAUUAAAACUGAAUAAAAAUAUUUAUUAAGUUUAUUUAAUAAUAACUAUAAUAUUAUUAAAAUUAAUGUUAAGUAAUUAAUUAUGUGCGUCAGAAUGUUGGAAAUAUGAAAUAAAUUAUCUAGUAUAAUAGGCUUAUUAAAUAUUUGAUUUUCGUGUUUGUGAAGCAGGAAGAAAAAUUUUAAUGCU